AUGUAUUCUUCUCUCGCACUCCUAGGCCUCACGGCCUUCCAAGGCGCACACGCUUGGGGUAAUCUUGGUCAUGAGACGGUAGCACUGGUGGCCACAAAUUACGUCAAGACCGCGACGAAGACCUGGGCUCAAGACAUUCUCGGAGACACCUCAAAGGACUACCUCGCCAACGUUGCCACCUGGGCCGACUCCUACCGCUAUAACAGCGCUGGCAAAUUCUCCGCUCCCUACCACUUCAUCGACGCUCAAGACAAUCCCCCAUCCAGCUGCAACGUCGACUACGACCGCGACUGCACCAACGGCGGGUGCAUCGUCGCCGCCAUCGCAAACUACACCAACAGAGUCCAGUCCACCUCUCUGUCCGACACCCAGGUGGACUACGCCUUGCGCUUCAUCAUCCACUUCCUCGGCGACAUCACCCAACCGCUCCACGAUGAGUCGUACGACCUGGGAGGCAACGAUAUCGACGUGACCUUCAACGGCGACGACACGAAUCUGCACGCCAGCUGGGAUACUGCCAUCCCAGAGCAGCUCGUAGGCGGCUACUCACUCUCGGAUGCCCAAGACUGGGCCAACGACCUCAUAAAAGAAAUCGACAGCGGAUCCUACAAGUCCCAAAAGUCCUCCUGGGUUUCCGGCCUCGACAUCACGGACGCGAAGGGCAGUGCAAUGGGCUGGGCCACGGACGCCAACGCCUUCGUGUGCAGUGUCGUCGCGCCAAAUGGUUGGGAUGGGCUUGAGAACGCGGAGCUGUAUCCUGACUACUACAACGGUGUCGUUGAUACCGUUUCGCUGCAGAUUGCCAAGGGCGGGUAUCGGCUUGCGAAAUGGUUGGAUGCUAUCGCGGCACAAGCCUCGAGCAAGAAGGUCCGCAGGGAUGAGGGAGAUGCGGUGGAGGAUGAGGUGGAGCAGGAUUUGAGUGGGAGGACUUUGUUGCCGGCGAAGAAGCCUUUGACGGCGAUUCAGAGACGGCGGGCGGCGAUUGGGUUUGGGUGUGGGGAUCAUAGCCAUUGA